AUGGGUUCAUAUCAAGAAACGAUCAAUGUCGCCAUCAUUGGAGGAGGUCCGGCCGGCCUGGCGGCGGCAAUUUCUCUCUCGAAGCUGCCGUUUCUCUCGACUGUCCUCUACGAGCGGAACCCCGAGCCUCAAGAGGUUGGAGCAGGCAUCAGCCUGAGUUACAAUGCCUGGAAGGUUCUGGAUCUGCUCGGGGCCGCCGACGGAGUCAAGGGCUUUUCCAAAGCUGAUACCCGUCAGAGGAACGGCUACACCGGUGAAGUCAUUCUGCUGCAACCUCACCCAGAGAACAGUGAUUUGGAUCCUCGUGGGGCCAUCAGAGCUCGACGAACUCGGCUUCAAUCCGGGCUUCUGGCCAAGGUCCCUGACGGGGUGAUAAAGUACGGGAAGAAACUGGUAUCGGCGCAAGACGUUGGCUCUCAAGGCGUGCGCCUAUCAUUCGAAGACGGCACCGACGCUCUUGCAGACCUGGUUAUUGGAGCCGACGGCAUUCGUUCCGUGAUCCGAAAAACGCUCUAUCCAGAUCACAAGAUUCACUUCACCGGAAACACGGUCUGGCGCACGCUUGUCCCGAGAUCGUCUCUCACACACAUACCAGACGUUACCAAUGGGACAUCAUGGUGGUAUGUCAAUGGUGGACAUGCCUAUUUGUCGGGCGUCGACGAUUCUUCCGAAGUACCUCUCGAAGACCAGUUAUUCGAGCUCUCUGUGAGAUCUUACCACGAACCUGAUAUCCCAGGACGGACGGUCUCGUGGGGAAUCCCGGCAACAAACGAAAGAGUGCAGGCUCGCUUUGUGAAAUACGACCAAAGAGUUCGAGAUGCAAUUGCAGCUGUUCCCGAAGGCGCGUGGAAAGAGUUUGCCAAUUAUGCUGGUCCUGGCCCGGAAAAGAUUACUGGGUGGAAUAAGGUGGUUUUAAUAGGAGACGCCAGUCACCCACUGCAUGGUGCAUUUGGAUCUGGAGCCACGUUCGGCAUGGAGGACGGGUGGCUGCUGGCACAGGCGCUUGAACGGGAAUAUUCGCGUGGAUCGGAAAGGGUGGUCGAAGGUGCUCUUCAGACCUUCGAAGAAAUCCGCCUGCCUUACUAUCAGAGAAUGUACAGCUAUCUUGACACCCAAAGAGCGAAUGCUGCAAAAGUGGAGGAAGAAGGAAAAGCUUUUGACAAGGCUCUUGAGGUCAGAUUCAAGUCGUUUGGUAUUGGGCAGGAAAACAAAUUGGACUGGAUCUACAAGCACGAUAUUGGGAAAGUCUGGUCUGACUACUUAAAAGGUAUCAAGGAAUUUCAUGGCUAG